AUGGCUAUAUCUUGGGACGAUGACGCUGUGGAUGGCGGAAAGACUUCAGUUCAGAUUUUGGUGGAUUGGUUAAUCACUCCAGGAAACUACGAGCGAUGGAGAAAGGCAGGGCUGACUGGGCCCGUUACUAAAACCUCACUCUUGGAAGAAAUGGUUCCAGUCUUUGUUCAGAACGGUAUUUUACAUCGAUCUGCUUCAAACAUUGGAAGCAAGGUUUUUAAUCUGGAACGAUCAUUUGACGAAGCCGUUGAUAUUCUAAAAAGCUCUGCUGUAGGCUCAGAUGGGAAACCCAAGAAUGCUGACAAAAUUGCUCGGAAAUGCAAGUACUUUGAUGUGCUGUAUCCUGUCAUGGCAAGAUUCUAUCCUCUCAACUCAACUCAAUCCUCGUCUGUAAGAGAGUCGAUACCAAAAAAAACAUCUGCUCGAGUUAAAAAGACUGCAUCUGCUGUCAAGUCUGAUGCACUUUCGCCUUCAUCUUCAGUUACCGAUAAAACACAAAGUCUUGUCAACGCUUCAGGUCAAAUCGCUGAACAAGGGGAAUCCUUAGACGCUGACAAUGCACUGCUGGCUAAUUAUCAACUGGUUUUGUAUACUGGAAACCCUUCAGAAAUGAUUUCUGAAGCAUCGUUUGUUUCCACUGCAACUUCUGCGCCAGACACCACAGCAAGUAGCGCUACAUUGGAAACACUACCUACACAUCCCCUUUUCAGUGCAGCACCUGUUCCGGAACUGAUUCCGGAACUAAAUACGGCACAACUUCCGGAACUGAUUCCAGCACAACUUCCAGAAUUGAUUCCAGCACAUGUUUCCAUUCAAAAACCACUUGCAGUUAAAAAGUCACUUUCAGUAUCUCGACCCUCGUCAAAAAAGUCAAAGUCAACCGUUCGGAAGGUCAGAUCCAACGCAUUUCCAUUUCCGCUGAUUGAUGCAGAGGAUGAAUCUGACGAAAUAAGCGACACUGCCAACGAUGACAACGACGAGGAUUGGGCAUCUCCUCAGUUUAUGCUAAAGGAUCGUAAAGCCAAUAAAAAAAGAGCCUCUAUUGUCAAUGCAUCAACAAAACAAUCCAAAGACGGAUAUAAACCUGGUCCUGCAUCAAAAUCCAACAGAACUCCACAUUCAUCAUCAAAACGAUCGUUGAUUGCAUCGUCUGAACCUCACAAAAAGUCACGUCGAUCCGACACGUAUACUUUACCAUCCACUGAAACAAAAUAUCGUAGUCGUGUAAGUUCUGGCUAUGAACGAGAUGAACAUACAUCGCAACGAUUUGUAGAACAAGACGAUCUAGUAUUACAGAUUGAACGACAAGAGUUGAAACUGCGGUUGGAAAAAAUCAAAAGUGAUAUUGAGAUUUACAAGUCGGAUGCCAUCAUGACCAAGAUCAAGGCUAGAAGAAGACUCAAAAGAUCGGGAGUAUCAGACACUCAAAUUGAUCGACUAUUACCACUUUGAAUGUGGAUCGAAGCAUAUAUGUAGUUGAUAUUUCAUUUUCAUAAUCUAUGCGAUUGCAUGUUAAUGAUGCUUACCCAAUUUUGAUAAGAUUCAGUUGAUUUAGCAAAAUAGGCUACUACUUAUAUUCAAAUCAAAUGCCAAAUAUAUCAAACCUACUUUGAAUUCU